AAAUAAAGGUUAGCAGUAGUCAAUAAAAAGACGUAUUCAGACGUUUAAGAUACUCGAUUAUUUAUUGACUGAAUGAAAUAGGAUUACUCAAUAUUUGCAACUAUGCAAUCAUGUUGUAUAAUGGUGUGCAAGCAGUUUUAAUAAUUCUGUGUUUAAAAUUCUAACCUAAAUGGGUCGAAGUCAUACACCAUCACCAGGAAGACGACGUGAUCGUUCCAGAGAACGUGAUCGUGAAAGAGAUCGUCGAAGACGACGAUCCCGUGAAAGACGUCGGAGAUCUGCAGAACGUGACAGAGUAAAAUCAAGAGAUAGAGAAAGAGAACGAGAUCGUGAUAGGGAAAGACAUAAACGAUCAUACAGUAGAUCUAGAUCUAGAGAACGAGACAGACCUAAACCCAGAGCUAAAUUAUCUACAGCAGAACGUCCUGUUAUAACAGAGGCCGAUCUUCAAGGAAAAACACCAGAAGAACAAGAGAUGAUGAGAAUGAUGGGUUUUUGUGGCUUCGAUACUACCAAAGGUAAAAAGGUUGAAGGAAAUGAUGUAGGUGCAGUACAUGUUAUUCUAAAAAGAAAGUAUAGACAGUAUAUGAAUAGAAAAGGAGGUUUCAAUAGACCACUCGAUUUCGUAGCAUGAAUAUCUCGACAUCUGAAAACAUCGAUUACUGAAAUUUGUUUAAAUCAGUUGUUUUUUAAUUAGAAGCAUAUAAUCCUCGUAUAUAUUUUUCACUUAUAAUUAUAUAAUGUGUAUUUCAUAGCAUAAUUAGUAUUCUUCGUUAAGAUCCACAUAUAAUACAUCAAUUAAUAUUAAGUUUAGUUUGUAUAGAUUAUAUUAGUACAUUCUUACUUUUAAUCAUAUUUAAUAUCAAUGAAAAAAUAAGUAAUAUACAUUUUCAUACCACAAUUACAAAAAUAUAAAAUUACAUUAUAAUAAACCAUACAUAUACAAAAAUAAAAUUAAAAUAUCUCAUGUAAUUAUUAUAUUUCGUUAUAUAAAAAAAUAUUAAUCAAAUUUAUGGAAAAACUAUUUACGAUUCAAUCAUGGAAUGUUCUGUCAUGGAUGAUGAAGUAUCAUUAGGAUCUUGUAUAUGACUGUUAUUUUUAUUCGUGACAUUACUGCGUUGCGUGCUUAACUAUUAAAUCGGAAAGAUAAUAAUUGUUAAUAUUUAAUAAAUCAACAUAUAAUAUA